AUGCGCCGUAUGGAUAUAGAAAAAUCAAGAGGACAUCGCAAUUCAGAUUUUUUUGAAGCGAUUGACCUAUCUCAAAUACCUACGAACUGCUUCUUAUCCUCUGCAUACGACCCUCAAAGUAUAAAUACUUCUGGGUCGCAUGACGAGUCUUCAUCCUCAGAAGAUUCCAAGCGAUAUGAAAUUUCCCAGCCUUCCUUGGACUCAAUGGUAAAGGAUUGUUUUAAACGGCAAAACUGUGUCACAGAAAUAAACCCAAUGUUUAUGGUCCAAACAGAAAAAUGUAACAAUAAGCUGCGAUAUGAAUUAAAUGAAAUCUUAUUUUCUGGAAUUAUAAGCAGCAAUUGGGAAAUGGGAGAAAUUCCAGAUGACUGUAUUGAUGAUUUAUAA